GCUCAGCGCUGACGUGUAUAAGAAGCGACGCUGAGGCGCAAAAAAGUGGGAGAUUCGAAGUGCGUAAAUAGAAACGGAUUUAAACUAUUUUGGAUGUGCAGCCGCAUGUCUGAUCCACUGACACGACACUCCGGAGACCUGUACUAACGCGUCUUAUGGCGACACCGAGCAAGACACCACCUGGAGCUGACCCGAAGCAGCUGGAGCGGACCGGGACGGUUCGGGAGAUCGGCUCCCAGGCGGUGUGGUCCCUCUCUUCCUGUAAACCUGGUUUUGGAGUGGAUCAGCUGAGGGAUGACAACCUGGAGACCUACUGGCAGUCGGAUGGGUCGCAGCCUCACCUGGUCAACAUACAGUUUAGGAGGAGGACGACAGUGAAGAUGUUGUGCAUUUAUGCUGAUUAUAAGUCAGACGAGAGCUACACCCCAAGUAAGAUCUCGGUGCGAGUUGGCAAUAACUUUCACAAUCUUCAAGAAAUCAGGCAGCUAGAGAUGGUGGAGCCCAGUGGAUGGAUUCACAUCUCUCUCAUGAAUCCGCGCACAAACGAGCCCAUCAGCACGUUCAUGAUCCAGAUCGCCGUGCUGGCCAACCACCAGAACGGGAGAGACACGCACAUGAGGCAGAUCAAAGUUUACACGCCUGUGGAGGAGAGCUCGAUCGGCAAGUUCCCACGAUGCACCACGGUCGACUUUAUGAUGUACCGGACCAUCAGGUGAUGUGGACGUGACCCAGGAACCCCGACAGACUUAUAUCUGGAGCUGCUCCAGAUCGUUAUCAAUGAGAGGAACACCAGUGAAGCUGCCAAUGUUGAAUAUUUAAAGAUGUUCAGUCAGAGUCAUUGAGCCAGUCAGUGUUGGUUUACAUGCUUUAGCAAUGAGUUUCCACACAGAGUGAAUGCUUUGAUAUGAAUUUGGUUCCUAAAUUUAACCUUUUUGUCUCUCGCAGUAUAAUAAAAAAAAACAACAACUUUUGUGCCUACACAUUGUUUCCUGUUGUGGAUUGUUAAUAAAAAGGUAAAAAUAAAUGUUUCAAAAAUCCA